AUGGAGGAACAGCAGCGAGGGGGGAAAAAAAACGAAAGCAGUUACAAGUUCCUAAACGCGGACGAAAUAAAUAACCUGGAGUACAUUUUCAAAAAAAUGAAGAAGAACGAAAAUGAAGGCGUCACGAUUCAGAAUGUGCAAAAAUUUUUGCACGAAAAUCAUAACAAGGACAUUUCCGACGACCUGUUAGACUUUUUUCACAUGUAUGGCAGCACCAUCAGUUUGGAGGACUUCCUCUCAUCCCUCAAUUGUGAUAUUAACAAAUUCAAGUCGAAGGAAAAAAUGAAAAAUUUGUUUGACUUGCUGGAUAUUUCCAAAAGGGGAUACAUAUCGACUAGGGGCUUCAUCCAGGCGGCCAAAGAAUUUGAAAAUGAAUUCAGUGAGGAAACUCUCAGGAGCAUUUUUAACAUCAUGGACCUAAACAACAACGACAGGAUGCACUUUGACGAGUUUAAAAAUGCCAUAUCGAAUAUGUAA